AUGGUGGAAAUCAAGCCUGACACGACGACCUUGCCCUUCAGCAGGUAUCCCUCCUGGGUUAUAGAGAAACUGCGACCGAUAGCCAUUGAGAAGAUCCAGGCAGUUCACGAGUGGGUUGAGACGAAAUGUAUCCCAGCUCAGGCGGUAAUGAAAGCCCAAUUGGCUAAGGAUCGGUGGGAAAUACCACCGUUGAUGAAGGCGCUGCGAAAGGAGGCCAAGGCGCGCGGCCUCUUCAACUUGUUUCUGCCAAGCCACUUCGAUGAGUCGCCAGGCCUGACCAAUUUGGAAUAUUCGUGUUGUGCCGAGAUUAUGGGGAAGGUGUAUUGGGCAGCGCAAACAAUGAACUGCCACGCACCGGAGACGGGAAACAUUGAGCUGCUCGCGAAAUACUGCAACCAGGAGCAAAAAGAGCAGUGGCUGAAGCCUCUGCUAAACGGGGAAUUUUCCUCCGCCUACUCCAUGACCGAACCUGACGUGGCCUCUUCCGACGCAACGAACAUCUCCAUCAGCAUCCGCCGUGACGGCGAGGAAUACGUGAUUAAUGGCCGCAAAAUUUUCGGGAACGCCAAAUGGAACCCCUCCGUUAAGCUCUACAUUUUAAUGGGAUGUUCUGACCCGGCGAACCCGAACCCAUGGAAGCGUCAUUCUAUGAUCCUUGUGCCGAGUGAUACCCCCGGCUUUCGCAUGAGGCAGAACUUGACGAUUAUGGGCUACGACUGCGCGCCUGAGGGCCAUGGCGAGUUUGUGUACGAGAAUGUUCGUGUCCCAGCCUCGAAUGUGAUUCUUGGGGAAGGGAGAGCCUUCGAGAUAGCCCAAGGCCGGCUGGGGCCAGGUCGGAUCCACCAUUGUAUGCGGUUGAUCGGACAGUGCGAGCUGGCAUAUGAAUUUGCUCUCUUGCGUGCGACAGAUGAACGCAAACGACCACGGGGAAAGCUUAUUGGACAAUUUGACAGCAAUAUCGAGCGUAUCGCACAGAUGCGGCUCGAGCUGGACGCGUUACGCUUGACCGUGCUUAAUGCUGCCAGCACGAUGGAUUACCGUGACAACACAGAAUGCCGAUAUGUCAUCGCCCAGAGCAAGAUACUGGUUCCGACCGCCGCUGCGAAGAUCAUCGACGAAUGCAUGCAGCUGUACGGGGGCCAAGGCCUCACGCAUCAUACCCCGUUGCCGGAAAUGUGGACAUACGCCCGAUUUGUGCGGCUCGCGGAUGGCCCCGACGCUGCUCACCGUCAUCAAGUUGGACGAGACCAGCUUAAAUCUGCUGGAAAGGUUAAGGACAGACAUGCCCGGUAUUAUACGAUCGCCAAGGAGAUGAAGAAACAGUUCGGGUUGGAGGAUGAACUGGAAGAUGAUUGCACCUGGGAGUACUUAAAUAUUCCAGAAGUCCAGUCCAAGCUCUAG